CUUAAGUUUGAUUGGAGGAAAUACAGCAAAAUACCAAAUAUGAGGAUAUUCCUAGCGUGUACGUUGUUGGUGGUGUCAACGUUAGCCGAACCACCCGUGGACAAUAGAUACCUCCCACCUCAGCAGGAUUUCAAUGGUGGCUAUUCGCCCCCGUCACAAAGUUAUGGUGCCCCUGGCGGUGCCCCCAGGCAAACGGAUGCUGUAUUCGGACAACGCCCUUCAUCAACCUACGGAGCUCCCAACUCCCGUUCCUCCCGUCCAUCCAACCAAUACGGACCUCCUCAGGGCAGACAGCCUUCCAACCAAUACCUACCCCCUCAGGGAAGGUCCCAACAACCUUCCAAUCAGUAUGGACCUCCUCAAGGCAGAGCUCAACAGCCAUCGAACCAAUAUGGUCCCCCCUCAAGGUCUCAGCAACCUUCAAAUCAAUAUGGUCCCCCCUCAAGAAGUAAUCAGCCUUCGAAUCAGUACAUACCUCCUCAAUCCAGGGCACAAACUCCUUCAAACCAGUACGGACCUCCUCAAUCAAGAUCUCAAGCUCCAUCUACCCAAUACGGACCUCCUCAAUCCAGAUCCCAGACUCCUUCUAAUCAAUACGGACCUCCCCAAUCCAGAUCCCAGACUCCUUCCAAUCAAUACGGACCUCCCCAAUCCAGAUCCCAAUCUCCUUCUAACCAAUAUGGACCUCCUGGCCAAGACCAGCCUUCAAGCCAAUACGGUGCUCCUUUCGGCCAAGCCAGGAACCAGGGCAGGCCAUCGAAUGAGUAUUUGCCCCCUAACCAGAAUGGUAGACCGUCGACUGAAUAUGGCGCGCCUGGAUUUGGGAGUCCUUCGCAGGAAUAUGGAGCACCUAAUGGUGGUCAGCAAUUUGGUCAAGGUGGCAAUUUUGGAGACGCUCAGAGCAGGCAGUACCUCCCUCCUGGUACUGGUGGAGGAUACGGAGGUGAUGAUGAUGGCAGCAAUGAGGAACCAGCGAACUACAGCUUCGAGUACAUGGUGAAGGAUGAUGAGUCUGGCAACGAUUUUGGACACCGCGAGUCUAGGAUGGGAGACCGCGCUGAGGGACUCUACUAUGUCCUGUUACCUGAUGGCAGAAAACAGACUGUAGAAUACGAAGCCGACCAAGACGGUUUCAAGCCCAGGAUCUCCUACGAAGACACCGGCGCUGGCGCCGCGGGAGGGUACGACAACAACGCGCAAUCUUUUGGACAAGAUGGCGGCUACAAUCAAAAUGGCGGCUACAACCAAAAUGGCGGAUAUUAAAAGAAUUUAAGAUGGUUUUUCCGCAAUGUAAGCUUUUAUUGCGUGUAAAAAAAAGAUGAAUGUAUAUGCGAAAAAAAUUUAUGUGAUAGAGGUUAGAAGAGACUGUUAGAUUUAUUAAGCAUUGCUGUUUAAUACUUAUUGGGUUUAAAAACCUCGGUAUUUUUGUGACCUCAUUUGUACAUAGUAAAUUUUCUGUUAGUUUUGUUAUUUCCUUAUGCAUAUAUGUUGUAACAAAACUGAUUUGAGGACACAAAUUCUGCUACUUAUUCUAUUUCUUAAAUUAAUUUUCUCGCUAAAAAUUAAUGCGUUAAUAAAUCUAACAGCGUUUUGAAAAGCGGCACUUUCUGUUCGAGUAAAAUAUGGGGUUUUGAGGCUAUGAUAGGUUCUUUUACAUUACUUUAUUUUAAAUUUAAUGGUAUAGUCAUUUUGUGGGAUUGUAUGCUUUGAAUUGAACACGGGCGUUAAAGAUAUUAUUUUUCUCUUAUUAUUUUCAAUUUUUCUACCGGUCCUAUGUUUUAUUAGAACUAGUAGUGCCAAUAUAGAAAAGUAGUUAUUUAAUAAUUUUAUUCCAAUGAAUAUCGACGACUUAAGCUAUGUUAAGGGACAACGAGCCAUAUUACGAUACUAUUAAAGUACAAAAUGCUUUAGCAUAGUAAAUACUGUAAGUGAUGUGAUAUGUAAAGGAAUCAGCGCCAGUCAUAUGUUAUCAAGCUUUAGUUUUUUAACUAUUACAUAUAGGUAUCUUUUUUAUAUACUGUCUUAUUUUCAGCGAACCAAAAUGGACUCUAUCUAUUAAAACCUGUUGACCUCAUUUUACUAUUUGUACCUGUAUAAACAAGUUUUAUCCUAUUGAGUAGGUAUUUAUGUAUAUGAUUAUUUAAACUUUUGUCUGCUGUCAUUCAGAUGCAUAUUGUUAUAUAUUACACUUUGACCUUUAACACUAUUUAUCACAAAUUAUUUAGUCUUUAGAAAACCUAUUAUAAUCAAAUACUCAUUGUAAAUAAACGAAAUUUA